AUGGAUCACAAAGUAAGUCUGGGAGAGAGAGACCGAUUUAUCUUCGAGCAUCUUCUUCAUUCUUCACUCUUUAGGCCUGAUACGGUCUCCACUGUCACCACAUCGGCAGCCGCCGUUGAUCGACGUUUGCGGCUGGGUGAGCACCACUCCUUUGACUCGACUUUGUCUGGAUCUGCAAACGUCGCCACUGUCCCCUCCUCCACUUCGCAUCGUCGAUGGUCCACCUCCAGUCCUACCAAUAACGUCUGUCUUUCCGAUGGAAUCACUUCUUUCGAUGGACGUCUUGCUCCUAAUGCUCAGGUGCAGCAUCCAAUCGCCAUUCGAGCCAACCCGGUUCAGAUGGGUGGAGGAACGUUGACAGGCGCUGCUCGUGCACCCACUCCACCCCCCAGGGCUCGAGCUAAGACGAUGCCCUCGGACACUGUCAUUUGCCCUCCUGUAAGUCUCAUCUACACAAUGGCUAACACUCUCAAACCACAUCCUUUUUCACACCAGUUACAAGUUUUUUUUCCCACCGAUUUUAGUCUUUUUUUAUCCCUUUAG